AUGGCCAAGCUCAUUUUGCUUACUGGUAAGUCCUGCUUCAUAAAUUUCUCUGCAGGCACUGCCUAUGUGCUGUCAUGUUACUUCACCAACUGGGGCCAGUACAGGCCUGGUGUGGGAAAAUACAUGCCUGACAAUAUUGACCCAUGCCUGUGUGACCAUCUGAUCUACGCCUUCGCUGGGAUGAACAACAAUGAGAUCACGACUUACGAAUGGAACGAUGUGACCCUUUACAAAUCCUUCAACGGCCUGAAGAACCAGAAUAAAAAUCUGAAGACUCUGCUUUCUAUUGGAGGAUGGAAUUUUGGGACAGCCAAGUUCUCCACAAUGGUUUCCACUCCUGAGAACCGCCAGACCUUCAUCAAUUCCGUCAUCAAAUUCCUGCGCCAGUAUGAGUUUGAUGGGCUGGACAUUGACUGGGAAUACCCUGGGUCCAGGGGCAGCCCACCCCAGGACAAGGCUCUCUUUACCGUCCUGAUUAAGGAAAUGCUGGCAGCCUUUGAGCAGGAAGCCAAACAAGUCAACAAGCCCCGUCUCUUGAUCACCGCGGCUGUUGCUGCAGGAGUUUCCAACAUUCAGUCUGGCUACCAGAUUGCUGAGCUUGGAAAGUACUUGGACUACUUCCAUGUGAUGACUUACGACUUCCAUGGCUCCUGGGAUGGACAAACUGGGGAGAACAGCCCUCUGUUCAAAGGCCCAUCUGACACUGGUGACAACAUCUACUUCAACAUCGACUACACCAUGAAUUAUUGGAAGAGCAACGGUGCCCCAGCUGAGAAACUGGUCAUUGGAUUCCCAACAUACGGAAAUACCUUCACACUGCAAAACCCAUCUAACAAUGGUCUCGGUGCACCAACAUCAGGACCUGGGCCAGCUGGACCUUACACACAGGAGGCUGGGGAACUGGCUUACUAUGAGAUCUGCACUCUCCUGAAUUCUGGAGCCACCCAGGUUUGGGAUGCCCCCCAGGAUGUCCCCUAUGCUUACAAAGGCAACGAAUGGGUUGGCUAUGACAACAUCAAGAGCUUCAACAUCAAGGUUGACUGGCUGAAGAAGAACAACUUUGGAGGUGCUAUGGUUUGGACCAUUGAUAUGGAUGACUUCACUGGUACUUUCUGCAAGCAGGGCAAAUAUCCCCUGAUCACCACUCUGAAGAAUGGUCUUGGUCUGCAGAACAGCGACUGUGUGCCUCCAGCUCAUCCCAAUCCUCCAGUCACUGCAGCUCCCUCUACUACAGCUGGAAGUAGUGAAAGUGGAAGUGGAAGCAGUGGAAGUAGUGGAAGGGGGAGGAGUGGGAGGGGGAGGGGAAGUGGAAGUGGGAGCUCUGGCAGCAAUCCCGGUGGCUCUGGUGGGAGUAACUUCUGCGCUGGCAAGAGCAGUGGCCUCUAUGCAGAUCCAACCAACAAGAGCAACUUCUACAACUGUGUUAAUGGAGAAACCUUCUUGGAGAGCUGCCAGAGCGGCCUCGUCUUUGACACCAGCUGCUCCUGCUGCAACUGGCCAUGA